UGUUUCUAUUCAUCUAAAUUUCAUGGCCAUGUUCGAAGCCACUCAAACACAAAAUACUAAGUUAACAACAGCCUCAAUUUGCAUCAGCACCAGAAACAGCUCACAGACACAAAACAGAACAACACAAACUCAAAUCUCUUCUCUUCUUCUCUCUCUCUAUCUCUCAGACACAAGCACACAAAUGAAAAAAAGCUAACAAUAAUAAUAUCUCUGCAAACCAUUAAGGCCAUGGCUUUUCUUCUCCCCAACCUCCAACCUUCACUUUUAGCUCAAUCCAAAUCCAACAAAGACAAAGCAAACCUUCACCAAACUCUCUCACCUCAAAAACCCACUUCUCAGUUUCCUAUAUCUUCCACCACAUGCUCCUCUUCUUCUCUCCAAACUGCACAAGCUGCACAGGUCAGCACACCACAAGACAAGCAGCAGCAACAGCCAAAGGAUGAAUUCUACCUCAACCUUGGCCUUGCUGUCAGGACCAUCCGUGAGGACCUUCCUUUGGUCUUCGUCAAAGACCUCAAUUAUGACAUUUAUAGGGAUGACAUAACAUUCAUGGAUCCCUUGAACACAUUUACUGGGAUUGAGAAGUACAAAUUGGUCUUCUGGGCGUUGAGGUUUCAUGGCAAAAUCUUGUUCCGUGAGAUAGCACUUGAUGUGUACAGGGUGUGGCAGCCAUCAGAGAAUGUGAUAUUGGUCAGGUGGAACCUUAGGGGUGUGCCACGGGUUCCUUGGGAGGCCAAAGGAGAGUUUCAGGGCACCUCAAGGUACAAAUUGGACAGAAAUGGAAAAAUUUAUGAACACAAAGUUGAUAAUUUGGCAUUCAAUUUCCCUCAGAAUAUUAAACCAGUUUCAGUUUUGGAUUUGGUUACUGCAUGCCCUGCAAGUCCAAAUCCUACCUUUUUGUGGGGUCCUGUUGAUGCAUACUCUUCUUCAUGGAUAGCCUUUUACAAGGCAGUUAGGGACACAUUGGAUCAAGAAAGGAGUUUGCUACCACAAGAUGGUCUAGCUACAUGUUCAUAGCUAUGUAUGAGCUAGCACUUAAUGUUUCAUAGGUUAUUAUGUAUACAUUAGUGUUUAAUAGGUUAGGUAUAAAUAUAAAGAAUUUGAUCCAUAGCAUAAAAUGGUUUUUCUUCAAGGACAAGAGUGUAUAUAGAAAGGCAGGGAUGCAAAAUUGUUCAAGUUGCACACUUUGUUGUUGGAGGAAAUGGGGAUUCCUAUGUUUGGUAAGCUUAUAGCCAAAUACAGAUGAUCUAUAUGCGGUAAUCUUCUGAAAUUAAUUUUAAUAGUUGUUGAACAGAAUUGAAUCUUGUCUUUCUUUUUUCUCAUAUAAUGGUUGGACCUUAUUAUGGAUCACCCUUAUUUAAAGGGGACAUUCUAUAAUCUCUUCUAGACUUGUACUAUAUUGGUUUUGUAUUGGCAAUUUCCAUUCGAAUGUUUGAAACUCA